UCCCAUGCGACCCAGUCUGCCUUUCCCUUUCUUUUUUUUUAUCAUCACAUCUCCUUCCCAACUCUCAGGGCUCUCUGCUGUGCUGCCCUUUCCAGACCCCGCUCCUGGUGGCCGUCACAGCCCGGCAGCCAGCGAUCGUCCACGAUUUGAUCCAGGCAGGAGCAGAUGUCAAUGCUGUAGACAACAAAGGGCAGUCAGCUCUGCACCUCGCUGCAACGUAUGGGUAUGCUCAGGUUCUCCAGGUGAUACUCUCACACGGCCAACCUCUCGAUUUAGAAAUGAAGGAUUUUGAAGGCCAUACCCCGCUGCACUGUGCUGUCCUGGCCCACAACACACUGCUGCGGGACCGGGGCCGCCUGGCACUGCCAGAACAGCAGAGUGAAGAUCUGCAGCACCAGAGCUGGGAGCUGGAGAGCUGCGUGCAGCAGCUGGUGCAGGCGGGAGCCUCCAUCUACAGCCGGGAUGUGAAAAGCAACAAGACAGUUCUUCAUUACACCGUGCAGGAUGGGAACGUCUCCCUGCUCCGCUACUUCCUGGAGCUGAAUGCUUUCAAAUCCAAGGACUUCAUCAACAGCAAGGCUCAUGGAAACACAGCCCUGCACAUGGCAGCUGCGCUGCAUGGGGAUAGGAACCAGAAGGAAAUCAUUCAGUUGCUCCUGGACCACGGGGCGGACCCGAGCAUCCGAAACUUAGACAACGAUCAGCCGAUCCACAUGGCUCCCUCUGGGAAAGCUGGGGACCAGAUUAGGCAUUUGCUGAAGAGAGGGAAAGUCGCAUCGACAUUCAUUGCCUGCUGCCCAAGUGCCAGAUCCUAGGCUGCCUGCAGCCUCUGGAAUGGCUUCAACGUCAGCCAGUGGCACAAAGCCCCAUAGAACCACCACGCGGAUGGUUAACCAGCGUGUCUCUGCCCCCAGAAUCUGUACACCGGAGUGGGAUGGCAGUGUUUCUCAACCUGUGGCCUUUGGACCAUGAGUAGCAUGGGAGAUAUCAGGAGAUAACCUCUGAGAUGGUUGAAAAGCUUAUUUUGUUAACAGGGAAUGUUAAUAAUCCCAUGACACGAAUUAGCACAAGCAUUUAACAUGCAGCCAAGCAUUGGUUUGGUGGCAACGGGCGGCCAGAACACAAGAUGGUCCUUGGUAGCAAUGGUUGAGAAAUACUGCUCACAUCCUGUGCAGAGGCACUGGGUGAAAUGCUGAAGCCUUUGUGAUGUGCAAUGAGCUCGACAGUCCCUGGGAUGCACAAACCUGGGGGGGGGGGGGAAGACUGGACCAGAGAGGUCGAGCCAAGACUGCAGAGCUUCCAGGGGCACGGCUGAACUGAAGACCUCCAAGUGAGGGUUCCUGCAAGCUGCUGCUAUCCCUGCUCUCAGCACUUUGAGGAAGGAAGCUGAAUCAGCUCUCCGUUGCCCCAUCCCUCACCCCAACCCGUGAAAGGAGAGCAGAUGCUUUUGAGAGCAAGCACGUGGCGUGAGUUCUCUCCUAUCCUCAUCCCACGUUAAGACGUUCUUAUCCUUUCUGUGAAAUGAUUUGUGAAUUGCUGUGCAAUCAGCUGGCAGUGUGUGGGGCAGGAGGAGUGGAAGCAGGUGCCUGAAGGGGGUGAGAGCUCUGCCGUGACAGCCAGCACGGAGGUUCUCACCCCCAGUGCAUGUUCUGAAUGUUGUUGCUCUCUCAGUCUUGCGGAGGUUAUUUUCUUCCAUUGGGACUGAACUGAAUAAGGUGAAGGGCAAUCUCCUAAAUCACGGCUUUGACUUUGUCCGUCACCCACGAACUCAUUGCAGCAGGGCUUUGUUGUGAGCCUUGCAAACCCGGACUGCCUCAACGACUGUUUUGCAGAUCCAAACAAAAGCUCUUAUGAAACGCAGGAAUCCCGAUCCUACAGACCUUCUGACUUCCUCAUCCCUCCUCUUUGCUGGUUGGCUACUGCUUCUCACUACAUCAUGCCUACAAACCUGCCAGCGCCCUCUGACAAAAAAAAAAAAAGCAGACGCACAUUUGCAUGUGUUUGCAUAAAUUUGCAUGCAUCUGGGCACGGGCCGGCUCAAGCAUGUGCUUCCUUGCUUUGAUGGGAUGCUGUAACGAGACCCGAAUGAGUGAGAACUGCAUUGACGAGGAAAAGUGGUCAAUAAAUUCUCUGUGUCUCGA